AUGAGUUUCAAUUCCGGCUCAGCAUCUGGGUCGAGCUCGUGGCGUAGUCGCCGGCAGUUUGAGGGUUCAGACAAUCCAAAGUUUUGUACUUGCGAAUUUGAAGGUAAAAGGUUGAAGGCUUCGAUAAUGACCUCAUGGACGGAGGAGAAUCCGGGUCGGAGAUUCUAUAGAUGUAGGAAUUGGAAGUCGAAGAAUUGUGGCUAUUUUGAUUGGAUUGACGAACCGAUAACUGAAAGAGCUAAGGAGGUUAUCAAUCACUUGAAGAAUGAGAAUGUGAAGUUGAUGAAGACCAAGAAUGAAAGCUCCUAA